AUGAGCAAAGACGUCGGAGUAGAUGACGUGUUUUUCUUUAACGAUAAGUUUUCUAGCAAGUUUUACAGGGUGAACAUGGGGAGCGUGGUUGCACAGAAGGAAUCUGAACCUGAAACACAAGAGACACGACAGAGAGUCCAGGAGGACCGGAAAUUUCAGAUAGAGGCGGCGAUUGUUAGGAUUAUGAAAGCACGACGUGUCUUGGAUCACGAUAAUAUUGUGGCUGAGGUUACAAAGCAAUUGAAGUCGAGGUUUUCACCGAACCCAGUUGUGAUAAAGAACAGAAUCGAAUCACUUAUCGAAAGGGAGUAUUUAGAGCAGGACAAAGGCGAUAAGAAGAAGUAUCGGUACUUGCCUUGA